AUGUUUGAUGUUCACACUGUAUGUUGUUUUCACAGGGAGUGUUUCCUAAUUGAGGAAAUGGAGAAUGUAAAAAAAUUUAAAGCGGCCAUUAACAGAUCGUUUGGUACUAAAGGAGGGAUUUUAGCCCAUGGAAUCAACGAUGGCCAAUUGAGCAGCUAUAUCAUGGGAAAAAUGCAAGAGUUCUCAUUAAGAGAGGGUAGGCAGAUGAUUGCCAGCUUAACCACUGGGCGUCAACCAAAUUUGCGAUCUGUUAACGUGUUAGGGGAAUUUGUCGACGAAACAGAUCUGUCAGCUGUGGAAAGGAAAGUGGACGAUCCUGACACAGCAGUGUACAUUCUCAAUGAUAAAUUGCAGGUGCGUUUACUACAGCAAGACGAUUUUAUGAUACUAUAUAGGUCUGUAUUAAACUGUCACUCAAUUUAUCCUCGAUAGAUUAACAAGGAUGGAGUGAUUCCAGAGCAGUUUUGGGAGCAUAAAUUCAUGGUGCCUUUUUUGAGGACAAUGCCUGCCGCAACGUCCGAUAAAAAGGUACGGAAUUUUCUACAUGGCCACGAAGUUUUCAUCGACUUGCCACUGCAAGAGUUCAACUGGGAACUUUUCAUAAGCAAGGCAAAGGGUUUCUUCAAAAAGAACUUUCUGCCGUUUAUUAUCCUUUUGAGUGGUGGAUUGGCUAUUUUCCAUUAUGAAAAAAUUCUUUCAUGCAUAGGUAAGAUUUAGAAAUGGAGAACCUUUUGUCUUGUAAAAGCACAUUUAUAAUAUUACUGGCUAGGCUGUUUUGUCCGCACCAAUAUUUUUUAUUAAAACAACUCCAUUUUAGGUCUCUCUCUCUCUCGUUAUUUUGCCUUGCCGUUUUUUUAGAGCCUCCGGCUGGAGUCAGGUCUCGCGAUAUGGGUCGACGGACAAACCAUUAUUACUCCAGUUUACACCCUUGCUGUAACUGAAUAAAAGCAAUACUCUUUUCAGGUUCCUGCCCUGUUCCGACCGCCAUUGGGGAUCCCUCCAGUGGGAAAUCAACCGCAUUGAAGUUGAUAAGCCAGUUGGCUGGAAUGCACAUGGUUUCCCAGUCUUCUGGGGAAUUCAUUGUUUCUGGCUUGGUGAAUACAACAAUCCCGGUGUGCUGGGAUGAUCCAGCACUUCCGAGCAUGGUUCGUCAGCCUCUAGUUUCUGUGUUUGACGGUCUUGGAAGUCAGACACAACUGUGUGGAAACGAGAAACCAUUGAAUUCCUUUUUACUGACAGUGAAUUUCAAACUGGACGAUCACAUGAG